AGAAAUACUGAAAAUAAUGAUUUUAAAAAUCUUAAAUAAAAAAAUUUGAAAGAUAACGCAACGAGAAUUUCUAUUCUUUAAAAACUUAUUAAAUUUUGAUGGAAAAAUUAAAAAAUAGUAGAUAUCCUCUUAAAUUUUGACGACAAAAAUAAUUUCUCCCUUCAAUUCAGUUAGAAGACGUGUCGGAUCCCCUCCUCUAAUAAUCUGGUAGCAAGUGAGCUGUGAAAAAGACGAGGAAAUUGAACUCCAGCGAUAUAGUAAAUUAGAAAUUGAAAUAUUUCUUAAACUAUUAAGAACAGGGAUAAAAUUGGAAUAAAAAAUAUUUUGUUUUCCCUUCCCCUUCCUUACACCCCAAUUCGGGGUGUAAGAAAAUCUCUCUUUCCAUGGGUAACGAAGGUUAAAGCUUACCCUUCCUUACCUUUCCUUCCCUUUCCUCACUUCUUCCCAAACAAGGUUCAAAAUUUCCCUUCCCCUUAUUUCCCCUUCCUUCCCCUUCCCUCACCUCCUCCCAAACAGACCAUUAAACUCUCAAAUCAUUGAGAAAUUGAAGCAAGUGUAUUGUAUACUCAAUAACAAAAGGAUGUGCCAUUCUUUCCAAGCUGAAAUCUGAAGUGCUCUUAAGUUGUAUGCUAAAUGAAUUAAUUUCUUGAGUUUUAUCAUGUCAAGAGCAAGUUACAAUUGCUUUGGAUUUAGAGGCUUGAUACUAUGUUGAUACAUUCAAGACUAUGUGGCAAGAAGGUUUUGAAAAUGCUGAAAUCAGAUUAUGCUGAUGAACAGAAUGUUGAAUUGCAAAAUUAAGGAAGUUGUGAUGUAUCAAAUGGUGUAUCAAAAUGCAAUAGCAAAUUUAAAUCGGUGAGAAAUUCAAAGGGAGACUUGUAUUGUGUAGUAACAAAUGGUAAUCUUGCAUUGAUAGUUUUAAUCGAGAUUCAUGUUAGUUACUGCAGAGAAGGAAUCACAAUGAUAUUUUUAAGCAUUUAAAUGCUGAAUUUUGGGUGAAUGAGAGGAAUAAAAGAAGGCAGUGAAGGCUCUCUAGUUGUGAAGUGAUACUUAUUCAAUGAUUGUAGUGUAAGCUUUAGAAGGAAACAAAUGGAAACAUAAGAAGUUGAUUGCUGGAAUGACAGAAAUUAGAGUGCAGAAUUGAAUCUGAACUUGAAUCCAUAAAGCAAGAAGAUUGAAUUCAGAAUUGAUUCUUGCAUUUCUUAAAAGUCAGAUUUUGUCUAGCUAGUCCACUUAUGCAAUAUUGAAACAAAAAUCAGAAAUGGUGAAACUCCUAAUCCAGGGUUAAUCAAAUCAAGCUGUAAUUGAGGUAUCAAUUUAGACUAUUGCGUGCCAAAGUCUAUGGCAAAUUUUGAACGAAGACAACCGUAAGAUGAGCUCAUGUCAAUUCAUCCUCACCUUUAAAUUUUUGUCAUCCUUGUGUUUUUGUUUAUUAUUGUGGUGUUUCAAUUUACUUUAGAGUUUGCUUGGUGGGUCUGUUUCCUAAUUGUACUGAUCAAAUAUGGCAUUUGACAUUUGUUCCCAUCCUCAGAUCCUCAGAUCUACUUUGACAUUUGUUCAAGAAACAUAGUCUUUCACUUCUUUGCUGUAGAUAUAUGAUACUGGGUCAAUUGAAGGGUCAUUUGGAUCAUUUAUAGUAAACAAUGUUCAAGUUUAUGGAGGCUUUGUUCUUCAUAUUGGAUCUGUUAAUGGAGGGAAGGGAUUGUAUGUUGGUGAUAAAGUAACAUGCAAGGUUGACUAUGAUAGACGGUCUCUGAUUGCUCCUAACCACACAUGUACUCACAUGCUUAACUUUGCUCUCAGGGAAGUGCUUGGGGACCAUGUUGAUCAAAAAGGUUCAAUUGUUCUUCCUGAGAAGUUGAGAUUUGAUUUCUCUCAUGGAAAACCUGUGCAUCCUGAAGAUUUGAGAAAAAUUGAGUCAAUUGUAAACCAACAGAUCACUGAUGAAUUAGAUGUGUAUGCAAAUGAAGUAACCUUGCCAGCUGCGAAGCGCAUAAAUGGAUUAAGAGCAGUUUUUGGUGAAAUCUAUCCUGAUCCUGUGAGGGUUGUUUCAAUUGGACGUAAGGUGGAAGAUCUUCUACAAUAUCCCGACAAUAAAGAAUGGUUAUCCAUAUCAACAGAAUUAUGUGGAGGAACUCAUAUAUCAAACACACGAGAAGCUAAGGCAUUUGCCCUUUUAUCGGAGGAGAGAAUUGCUAAGGGAGUAAGAAGAAUAACAGCUGUCACAACUGAAUGUGCAUUCAAGGCAUUAGAGUUGGCUUCCUCUAUCUCUGCAGAAAUUAGUGAAGCGUGCAAAUCAGAAGGAAGCUUACUGGAGAAGAAAGUUGCUGCUCUGAAAAGUAAAAUAGAUGCAGCUGCCAUUCCAGCAGCCUUAAAAGCGGAUCUCAGAACCAAGAUUUCCCAAUUGGAGGAUGGUAUUAGAAAGUUGAAAAAGAAGAUUGCUGAAGAAAAUGUUCAGAAAGCAGUUAAAGCAGCAAUUGAUGUUGCAAAAAUCGCUGCUUCUGAAGGAAAAACUUUUUGCAUCACUCAAGUGGAUGUAGGACUGGAUACUGCUGCAGUGCGUGAAGCAGUCUUGAAGGUUUUGGAACAACAGGGGUUACCAAUUAUGGUAUUCAGCACUGAUGAGACAUUGAACAAAGCUGUGGUGUACGCUGGAGUACCAAACACUGGUCCAAAGAAUGGGCAAGUAGUUUUGGAGUGGCUUAAUGAAGUUAUGAAGCCUCUUAAAGGAAAGGGUGGUGGUGGGAAAAACGGCAUUGCCCAGGGCCAAGGGAGUGACGCAUCUUGCCUCAGUGAGGCAAUGGACAUUGCUGCAAAGUUUGCUUCGCUGAAGCUGUAGAGUGUCUGGAUUAGAAACAAUGGAAGCUGAUUAAUUUGUAAGAUAUUUGCCUAGUGACCAGUGGUUUCAAAUCAGUACCAGUUCUAGCUUUUGCAGCUGAACAUUCUUAACGGCAAAGCAUGAUAUUUUAUAAGUAUUUAUUGGCGUCUUUUUCUCGUUCCAAAACAUUCUCGUACUGUAUGGGAUAGUUUUUUCUUUCAUUUAGCAUUAUAAUUUUUUGCUCAUUCUGGUUUUUAUUUGUUGACGAGUCAAGUAAAAUUUACAUUGUGCUAUAGUGGUGGGUUUUCUCUAUAAUGACAAAGUCACAAGUCGUCUAUUAA